CUGCGCUUAUAUUCGCGAUAGUUUGGUCCUUGACACGGGUUGCUCCUCCAGUCUCUUUUUUUAUCGUUCUGAUUGUGUAAUUUACACCCCGUGACCAAAUGAUGUCAAACUGAGGAAGAGGAAACUUGGCGUUGAAGUGGGAUUUGAAGACCUUUUUUGAGCAGCAGACAUGCAGAGCACAGCAAACUACCUGUGGCUCCUGUCGGAUCUACUGGGACAAGGAGCCACUGCAAAUGUAUUCCGUGGGCGACACAAGAAAACAGGGGACCUUUAUGCUGUGAAAGUGUUCAACAAUCUCAGCUUCCUUCGUCCUUUGGAUGUUCAAAUGAGAGAGUUUGAGGUCCUGAAGAAGCUGAAUCACAAGAACAUUGUCAAGCUCUUUGCAGUGGAAGAGGAGUCCAACACAAGACACAAAGUGCUGGUGAUGGAGUUUUGCCCCUGUGGGAGCUUGUACACUGUGUUAGAAGAAUCUUCAAAUGCUUAUGGACUUCCAGAAGCAGAGUUCCUGAUUGUGCUGCAAGAUGUUGUGGCUGGAAUGAAUCACCUGCGGGAGCAUGGCAUUGUCCACCGGGAUAUCAAGCCAGGAAACAUCAUGCGGAUGAUCGGAGACGACGGACACUCUGUUUACAAGCUGACUGACUUUGGAGCAGCCAGGGAGCUUGAAGAUGACGAGCAGUUUGUUUCUCUUUAUGGGACCGAGGAGUACUUGCAUCCAGAUAUGUAUGAACGUGCAGUCCUGCGAAAAGACCAUCAAAAGAAGUAUGGUGCAACUGUUGAUUUGUGGAGCAUUGGAGUCACAUUCUACCACGCUGCUACCGGCAGUUUGCCAUUCAGACCGUUCGAAGGGCCACGCAGGAAUAAGGAAGUCAUGUAUAAAAUCAUCACAGAGAAGCCAUCUGGGGCAAUAUCUGGAGUCCAGAAGUCUGAAAAUGGGAAUAUAGAAUGGAGCGCAGAGAUGCCGGUUUCAUGUAGUCUCUCGAAGUGUUUGCAAAGCCUUUUGACACCAGUUCUGGCAAACAUCCUGGAAGCUGACCCGGAGAAGUGCUGGGGGUUCGAUCAGUUUUUUGCUGAAACCAAUGAUAUCCUUCACAGAAUGGUGGUCCAUGUCUUCUCUUUACAGCAAGUCACCAUGCACCAACUAUAUAUACACAAUUACAACACGGCUACAUUGUUUCAAGACCUUCUCUUCAGGGGGACGAACAUUGCCCCCCAAAAUCAGGAGCUAAUCUACGAGGGCCGGCGUCUGGUGCUAGAUCCCAAUAGACAGAUACAGCACUUCCCCAAAACCUCCCUGGAAAACCCCAUCAUCUUGGUGAGCCGCGAACAAGUCAGCACCAUGGGGCUAUUAUACAAGGAAGUGCCAUCUCCCAAGCUGCAGCCUCGCUAUGAUUUGGACUUGGAUGCCAGCAAUGCGAAGAGUUUAGCGGGGGAUGCCUGUUACCUGUGUACAGUUUCCAGUCUGCUUCUGCUUGAUCAAGAAUCUGUGCGAAAAGGAGUGAGUGGUCUAAUUGAAAUCAUGAAGGAAGAUUAUAAUGAAACUGUGCAUAAAAAGGCUGAAGUUAUUCAAAUGUGCAACUUCUGCAGCCAGACACUGGAAAAAAUUGAGAAGCUGUGUGAUGUUUUGAUGCAAGCAAACUUAAUGUCAUCAGAAAUGAAUGAAGUUUCUGAGAUUCGCAAAAAAAUCAUACGUCUUUCUAGUUCAUUGGGGUCCAUGGAGAACACGCUGCAGGAUGUGAAGAACACAUUUUUGCCAGGAGGUUUACUUAUGGACACCUGGGUACAACAAGAGGGUACCCACCCUGAAGAUAGAAAUGUUGAAAGAAUCAAAGUGCUACUCAACUUGAUCACGGCAAUUUACCUUCAGUUUAAAAAGGACAAAGCUGAACGCCGUCUGCCUUAUAAUGAAGAGCAGAUCCAUAAGUUUGACAAGCAGAAGCUUUUACUUCAUGCAACAAAAGCAAGAACCUUGUUCAAUGAUGAAUGUGUCGUAAAGUAUCAGAAAUUUCUUACCCAGACUGAAGAAUGGAUGAGGAAAGUGCAUCAUGUAAGGAAACAGCUCCUCAAUGUCACCAACCAGUUCAUUAACAUUGAGCAAGAGGUCUCUGUGUUCAUGGAUCGGGUUUUCCAGUUACUGGAGUUGUUGCCACAGAAAAUCCUUCCAAUGACAUCCAGUGGGAUGAAACCACAAGUGUAUUUGAGUCAGAACACCUUGGUGGAAAUGACACUAGGAAUGAAGAAGCUAAAGGAGGAAAUGGAAGGGGUUGUGAAAGAGCUAGCAGAAAACAAUCAUUUUCUAGAAAGAUUUGGAUCUUUGACUAUGGAUGGUGGGCUGAGGAAUGUAGAUCGGAUAUAAUGACAUGCCAUGAAAAAUGACAGAUCAAGACAGCAGGGUUCAUAUUUUACCACAUGUCUAAUGUAUGUUUUUAUAUGAUAUAUUCACGUAUGUAUAUAACACUGUACAUAGAGAACAGGUCAUUAAGAUGGGUUGUAUUUGUGUUCUCGUGGUAUGUUUUCUGUGGGCAAGUGGACCACGAAACUCAAGCAGAGCAAUGUGAAUCUGGCAUUCAAAACUUAAACUCCUAAUUACAUUCUUCAAAGUAUGUGUCUAUUAAUAACCAUCUUGCAUAGACAGAGUUUUUAUAACAACAACAUUGGUUACAAUUUAAAGUUUAAAAUGGGCAUUCUCUUAAUAUAAUGGUCUUCAAUGGUAAUGACUUGUCCCAUAGUACAGUUAAUGACAAAUCUGUACAAAACCACAUCCAAAUGGGACUGAAUAUACAGCUGCACAUCCUGAGUGGUCCAUUUUGAAAGCACCUUGCUUUAGAAAUUCUGUUUGUAGGUGUCAUUUCAGAAGCAGACUGUUCUAAUUAAAGUACCUAUUAAUUAAA